AUGCCCUCAUCUGUGACGUAUCCGCGCUACUCUGCCGUAUCAUCAAACCUGCGUUCCGACCGAGUUGCGUUAUUGAGCGAUGCCCUUGAGACAGACGACGAGGCGGAUGAUAGCUCCGCGGAGUCUGAGGCGGAUAGUUUUCCUGGGUCGUCCAGGAGUAGUGUCGUAAUUCCUCAGAGCAUCCGCAAACAUGUAAAAACAGAUGAAACAGAGUGUCCCACAGAGGACACUCCCCUUCUGCUACCUGUACCCGUUCGAGGUACUCGCAAGCCAAGAGAGCCUUCACGUUCCACUGGCAAGAGGAGCGUGUACUGGGAAGAACUCAGGACUCUCACGAAAUAUACCUUGCCAGUGUUUGGAACUCAGCUCUUCGAGUACUCACUAGUGAUUGCGUCCGUCAUAUCAAUCGGCCAUCUGUCUACUACAGCGCUCGCGGCGUCGACGCUGGGAUCUAUGACAGAGAGCGUGACGGCGCUGAGCAUCUUCAUCGGAUUUACCAGUGCGUUGGAUACGGUACUCCCCAGUGCAUGGACAUCUUCGCACCCCGAGUUGGUGGGAUUAUGGGCCCAGCGGAUGGUUGUCGUGUUAGCAGUAGUCCUUGUGCCUAUAAUUGGCGUCUAUUUUAACUCAGAAGCCAUCCUCCUCAUGCUCAAGCAGGAUCCGGAGGUGGCUCACCUCGCCGCAACAUACCUCAAGUGGUCGACGAUCGGUCUACCCGCCUACGCUUUCAACGGCGUGGCCCGCCGAUAUUUCCAGUCGCAAGGUCUAUUCAGCGUCCCGACAUACAUCAUCCUUGUCAUAGCCCCCAUCAAUGCCCUGCUUAACUAUGUGCUAGUUUGGGGCCCAAAACCGUUCGGCCUUGGAUUCAUUGGAGCGCCUAUCGCUAGUUCCAUUUCGUUCAAUCUUAUCUCGCUAGCGUCCAUCGCUUAUGGCGUUUUCUUCGUUCCGAGGAAGGCCUGGCACCCACUGUCAUUCAGGUGCUUCACUAAUCUGGGUGUUCUGGUGCGGUUGGGUUUCGCGGGAGUUGGCCAGGUAGCAUCUGAAUGGUGGUCCUGGGAGCUCGUCAGUCUUGCUUCCAGUAUGCUUGGUCCAGUGGCACUCGCAGCCCAAUCUAUAGUGAGUGUGUCGUCCUCGACAACCUAUCAAGCGCCUUAUUCCCUCGGCGUUGCUACGACUGUUCGAGUGGGCAACUUACUUGGUAAAGGAAAUGCCAAACGCGCAGGCGUCGCUGCGAACCUCUCCAUUUACAUGUCGCUCGGCAUCAGUAUGGUGUGGAGUACCAUGUUCCUCGUCUUUCGGCAUUCGUGGGCGUAUCUCUUCAACGAUGACCCAGAGGUUGUUGCGCUUGUAGCGUCGCUGCUGCCGUUACUCGCUCUGUUCCAGGUUGUAGAUGGGCUCGGUGGAGUUACUAGUGGAAUACUGCGAGCACGAGGCAUGCAGUCUACCGGUGCAGUGCUGAACUUCAGUGCCUACUACAUCCUGGGCAUCCCUUUCGGGAUGUGGCUCACGUUCAGGAAAGGCAUGGGGCUAGCCGGGCUGUGGAUCGGGUUGACCGUGGCUAUGGUGUACUGUGCGAUUGUUGGCGUGUGGCUGUGCGUACGGACUAACUGGGAGAAGGAGGUGGAGAAGGUCCAGUUGCGUGUUGCGGCGGACCAGAAGGCCAAUGCAGGAGAUGUUGAAGCGCAAAGCUAG